AUGACGCUGGAAGCUUUGUGCCGCGACGUACUCAUCUACGACACCUUCAACGCCGCCGACGCGUCUGCCGCUUCUGCGGGGAUGGGGGAGCUUUUUCGGCAAUGCACCACCGGCGGAGGUGGCACCUCAGCGGGGGCGUCCCAAGCGAACAGCGUGCAGCAGGGGCAGAUGAAGCGGCGGCGGCGGCAGAGGAGCACCAAAAACGCCGACAGCCAACAGAUAACCCACAUCGCCGUCGAGCGCAACCGCCGCCGCCAGGUGAACGAGUACCUCGCUGCGCUCCGUUCGCUCAUGCUGGACUCCUACGUCCACCGGGUCCAGUACGUGCAAGUGCAAAAAAUGUCGUAG